AUGGAGGGAAAACACAAGUUCUUCCAUGGAACACUUGAAGCUACUAUCUGCCAUGCCACACCUUACAAACCGUCCUUCCGCUUCAGCUGUGUGGCAAAUGAAAAGCCUGCCUACGUGACUAUCAAAAUUGCCAACAAAAAAGUAGCAGAGACAGCACACGAACAUGACCGUAUCUGGAACCAAACCUUUCAAAUUCUCUGUGCUCAUCCAUCUGACACUAUCAUUACAAUUGCCCUCAAGACAAGGUGCUCCACCCUGGGGAAAAUCAAAAUUUUGGCCAAUCAGCUUCUGGAUGGAGCAAGUUUGAUCAAUGGCUUCUUUCCUCUUUGCGGGGAAAAUGGUAAGCCAAAUCUGAAACUUAAAUUACAGUAUAUCUUAUGGUUCAAACCAGCAGAAUAUGAAUCAAGUUGGGAGAAAGUACUAGCAAACGAUGCAUACCAGGGGUUGAAGAAUGCUACAUUUCCUCAGAGAUCAAAUUGCAGUGUCACACUCUAUCAGGACGCUCACCAUUGUGCUUCUUUCCAACCUCCAUCUGCUCUUUCCCAGACACCCAAAAAGCUGUGGGAGGACGUAUACAAAGCCAUUGAGGGGGCAAAGCACUUGGUUUACAUUGCAGGAUGGUCCUUAAAUCCGAAAAUCAUACUAGUUCGUGAUCCCAAUACGGAGAUUCCACAUGCACGAGGAGUGAAGCUUGGGGAGUUAUUGAAGCGUAAAGCAGAGGAAGGGGUCGCUGUCAGAAUUCUGCUUUGGGAUGACGAAACUUCCUUGCCAAUUAUCAAGAAUCAAGGAGUAAUGAAAACGCAUGAUGAAGAUUCCCUGGCAUAUUUCAAACAUACCAAAGUAAUAUGCAAAUUGUGCCCCAGAUUGCAUGAUAAAUUCCCUACAGUCUUCUCUCACCAUCAGAAGACUAUAACUGUAGACACCCGAGUGCAGCAAUCUUCAACAAAUCGAGAAAUCCUGAGUUUUAUUGGUGGCUUGGAUCUUUGUGAUGGCCGUUACGACACACAAGACCACUCAUUAUUUAAAACACUAAAUACAGAAGCACAUUGCUAUGAUUUUUAUCAAACGAGCAUAUCUGGAGCUAGCCUUCAUAAAGGAGGACCAAGAGAGCCAUGGCAUGAUACGCACGCUUGUAUCACAGGGCAGGCUGCUUUGGACGUCCUAACAAAUUUUGAGCAAAGGUGGACAAAGCAAUUUGAGCCAUCGCUUCUAGUUCCGCUCAGCUCCAUUCCUGAACUGUCUAAUCAGCAUUCUACCACCAUUUCCUCCGAAAGGGAUUGGAAUGUUCAAGUUUUUCGAUCAAUUGACCACGUAUCGGCAAUUCCUUUGCCAAGAAACAUGUCCACCGAACGAAGCAUCCAUGAAGCUUAUGUGGAAGCAAUUAGGCGGGCAGAUAGAUUCAUAUAUAUAGAAAACCAAUAUUUUCUUGGAGGAUGCCAUCUAUGGGAGAAAGAUCAACAAUGUGGCUGCAGAAACUUGAUUCCCGUUGAGAUUGCACUAAAAGUUGCAAACAAAAUAAAAGCCAAACAGCGAUUUGCAGUUUAUAUAGUAAUACCAAUGUGGCCAGAAGGUGCUCCAGAGAGUGAAUCAGUGCAUGACAUAUUGCACUGGUUAAGGGAAACAAUGAAGAUGAUGUACAAGUUGAUAGCUGAAGCUUUAGAAGAAAGUGGCGAGCCAGGGCAUCCAAGAGAUUACUUGAACUUCUUCUGCCUAGCUAAUAGGGAAAACGAAGUGAAAGGAGAAUUUGUUCCUCCAUAUUCUCCUCAUCCCGAAACACAUUACUGGAAUGCUCAAAAACAGAGGAGAUUCAUGGUGUAUGUUCAUUCCAAGCUAAUGAUAGUGGACGACACUUAUAUGCUGAUAGGCUCGGCCAAUGUGAACCAAAGAUCCAUGGACGGGAAACGUGACACUGAGAUUGCAAUAGGGUGCUAUCGGUCUAAAAGCAGUGAAGAAAGAAUGGAUCGUGGAGAUAUUCAUGCUUUUCGAUUGUCACUGUGGUAUGAACAUACAGGUCAAGCUGAAGAAGUAUUCCAAGAUCCUCGGUCCUUGGAAUGUGUCCAGAGAAUCCGAUCAAUUGGAGAGCAAAUGUGGGAAGUUUACAGUGCAGAUGAAGUAGUCGACAUGAAAAGGACCCACUUACUCACGUACCCUGUGAAUGUAACCAAGGAAGGUUGUGUCCAGGAUCUUGCGGAGGGCAAUUAUCACUUCCCAGAUACAAGAACACCAAUAAAGGGCAAAAGAUCAAAAUUUCUCUCACCUGUAUUCACUACGUAAUCGAAGCAUCCAUCUGAAAGUAACUUCAUCGCAGGGUUUGGUGCAGGCCUUCAGGCUAAGAGUAACAGGUGGACGCUAAGAAAAAUGGGAAUAUAGCACUUCGUUUAUUGCAACAGCAAAUUCUCCAGAUUAACAUUGUACACUGUAUAUACUACAUAAAUUGGUUUAAUCUUUCUCCCUUCGAGUUUCCCGUGUAACUCAAAUAGUCAACAUCUGCUUUAGUUGUCUUAAAUAACUGACGGGGUGAAAUUGAUCUUUUUUCUUCCACAUCACCACCGUGCAGCUAAAAUCAUGCCUGACAAGC